UAUCCUUCUUAGUUCCUUCCUUUCGUCACCUGAACAAAAAAAAAGUUUGGAAAUCAUUUUGCAAAAAUACUCAAUUUUCCAGGCUCAGUUGAAUGAUGGAGUGCUCGUCUUGGGAAUAUCUCACUUUAUUACUCUUUCGUCCUCUUCUUGCUAUCCUCUUCGUUAUCUCCUUUCUUCUCUUAGGUUGGUACUUAGCUUGGAAAUUAGUGUUGGUUCAUGUCCCUUUGGUACAAGAAAUUUUUGGUUUAAAGAAGAAACCAGUCAAGCCGAAACCGGAAAAUCGAAGGCGGUUGACUCAAUUUUACAACAACAUGGAUUCACAAUCUUCUGAUUCCCAGUGACUGUUUAGGUAAGCUGUAAGCGUUGUGGUGCCCUGGAUUAGAAGCUGAAGUUUCUUGUGCGUUGGGGAGUAUCAGGUCCCAAUCUCGGUAAUCAGCACAUUUAUUUUCAGCUGAUCCUGAUUUACACUUAAAAACUUGUCAUUUUCUACAUGUAUAGUGUGAUUUCAUUAGUGUAUAACAUUUGGGUUAGUGAUUGGAAGGCCAAAUAUUUGCAAUGAAAUCAGAUAAUAAAGCAAAGCCAGGGGAUAAAGCAGAUUAUGGAGCGUUUAGCAGAUGGCUGUCACUAUUUUGAAUUGUAUCAGUAUGCAUUUGGAGAGAAAGUGGCACUUCAUUAUUUCUUUAUUUAUUUUUACUUUUUGUUAAGUUGAUACGUUACAAGUGUAAUUAUAUUGUGGUUUCAAUGUAAGCGAUUGAUGAUUCUGCUGGA